CCUCAGCUGCAGGCUCAGCAGCAGCAGCAGCAGCAGCAGCAGCAGCAGCAGCAGCAGCAGGGUCGGCAGGAGGGUGGGAGUCUGUUUGACGACGAUGAGCUGUUCCAGGACAUAGACGUGGAUGAGCUGGUGAGGCAGUCAACCCAGCAACAACAGCACAGCAGCACACCAGACAAGGACAAGGCGCAGCAAGGGAGUAUUCCACCAGACAGGCAGCAGCACCAGGGUGUUGCACCACAGGACCAGCGGCAGAAUCCCAACAGCACACCAGACAAGGACAAGGCCCAGCAAGGGAAUGUUCCACCGGACAAGCAGCAGCACCAGGGUGUUGCACCACAAGACCACCGGCAGAAUCCCAACAGCUACGGGCAGGCAGCAACUAACUGGAACACUCCUCCGCCUCUCCCCCCACUGCUGCAGCAACCAUGCUCCCAUGGCAUGCCUCUGGUGCAGUGCCCCUCGCUACAAGCACACAUACAGGAGCGCAAGAACGAGCUGCUAGACGUGUCCAACGACCUGCUGGACAACGCGGGGGACAUGAGCCCCCGACUGGCAGAAGAGCUCCGACUGCGCAGAAAGUCGCUACAGCAAGAGAUACAAAUCCUGCAGCAGCACUCACAGCAAGGCGCAACCACCUCCCCUCACCUCUCCUCCCCAUCACCUGCCAUGCACACAUCAUCACCACCCUCCACCCAUCCGUACCGACCUGCCACCCCGUCCUUCACCACGCCUGGCUCUCGUCCCACGCCUUCCACCACCACUGCCUGGAGCACACCUCGCAGAAGCACCCGGUCGUCACCUCCUUCCUCCCGCCCCCCUCCUCCCUCCUCCGCUCUGGGUACUGGGCAAGCAGCAGUCAUGGGGGCAGCAGCGGGCGUGGGAACAGCAGCAGGCAUGCAUGUGGCAGGUGCAAUAACCAGAGGGUAUGCAGCUGUGAACGGGGCGACGAAUGGAGGAGGAUACGGAGCAGUGAAUGGGGGAGGGUAUGGGGGAGCAGGGUAUGCAGGAGGAGGAGGAGGAGGAGGAGGAGGAGGAGGAGGAGGAGGAGGAGGAGGAGGAGGAGGAGGAGGAGGAGGAGGAGGGGGGUUCACAUCCCCUCCAGGGGGAGGAGGAGGGGGUGAGAAUGGCGGGGCGGCGAGGAGAGGGGAGGUGAUGCCGGUGUGUCUGUCGGAGGUGCGGUUCAGUGAAGGGUCGGCGGAUCCGCAGUGGGCUCGCAAGGACUUUGCAUGGACGCGAGAGCUGGAGGAGAACAACUGGAAGCUGUUUGGCAACCGGUCGUUCCGGGCGAAUCAGAGGGAGGUGAUGAACGCCACUAUGAGCGGCAGAGACGUGUUCGUGCUCAUGCCCACAGGCGGGGGGAAGAGCCUCACGUACCAGCUCCCUGCAGUGUGCUCGCCAGGAGUCACGCUGGUGGUGUCGCCACUCAUCUCUCUCAUUUGCGACCAGAUCAUGCACCUCGAGCAGUACAACAUCCCUGCGGCCUGUCUGAGCGCCAGCCAGGAGUGGCCAGAGCAGCAGCGCAUUCUACAGGAGCUGUGCUCUCCAUGCUGCCAGAUCAAACUGCUCUAUGUCACCCCGGAGAAGAUCGCCAGGAGCGACAACCUGUUUCGGCAUCUGGAGGGGCUGUACCGGCGAGACCUGUUGGUGCGCAUGGUGGUGGACGAGGCACACUGUGUCAGCCAGUGGGGGCAUGACUUUCGCCCCGACUACCAGGGCCUGGGUGUGCUGAAGAGCAAGUUCCCCUCGGUGCCGCUGAUGGCGCUCACAGCCACGGCCACCCAUGCAGUGCAGGCGGAUGUGGUCAGUGCACUGUGCCUCAAGCAGUGUGUUGUCUUCAAACAGACCUUCAACCGUCCCAACCUCAGGUACGAGGUGAGGGCGAAGGGGCGGCGGUGCAUGGACGACAUAGACUCGUUCAUCCGCAGCAGCGGGUUCUUCAGGGAGUCGGGCAUUGUGUACUGCUUGUCCCGCAACGACUGCGAGAAGACCGCCGAGCAGCUCACUAAGUUGGGCCACAGAGCGGGAUUCUAUCAUGCCAACAUAGCAGCAGGCGAGCGGGCAGACGUGCAGAGGAGGUGGAGCAAGGACGAGAUCAAUGUCAUCUGUGCCACUGUGGCAUUUGGCAUGGGUAUCAACAAGCCUGAUGUUCGUUUCGUCAUCCACCAUUCCCUCCCUAAGAGUAUUGAGGGCUACCACCAGGAGUCGGGGCGAGCAGGGAGGGACAACCUGCCUGCCACCUGCGUGCUCAUGUACAGCUAUGGGGAUUAUGCGCGAGUGAAGCACAUGCUGCUGCAGGGGGCAGCGGAGGCGGCAGGUGGGAGGGGCGGAGGGGCAGGGGGGAGAGGGGGCAUGGGGCCACAGCAGCAGCUGGAAACGAAUCUGGACAACCUUCAUCGCAUGGUGAGUCAGAUGCACUGCAUGGUGAGUCAGAUGCACUGCAUGGUGAGUCAGAUGCACUGCAGGAUGCGUCAUCAGCACCACAUGGUGGCAUACUGUGAGAACGAUGUGGACUGUCGGCGCACGGUGCAGCUCUCUCAUUUCGGGGAGCGCUUUGACCCCGCGCACUGCCGCCGCUCCUGCGACAACUGCUGCCGGGACGUUGCCUCCGCGCCCCGAAACAUCACGCGCCUGGCCCUGCGCAUCAUAUCUCUCAUUCGUGAGACGGGGGAGCGCCACACCCAGCAGUACAUCCUUGACCUCCUGCGCGGCUCUGCCAGUGCCCAGGUGAAGCGCAAUGGGCACGCAGCUCUGGCGCAGCGAAUGGCGGAGGAGAAUAAGGCGGGUGGCGGGGACGAGGAGGAGGGCGAGGCGGCAGGGGGGUGGAACCGGCGGGACAUGGAGCGGGUGGUGCGACACAUGGUGUGCGUGGAGGUGGUGCGGGAAGACAUAAACAAAAGCGAGGCGUAUGGGUCUAUCUCCUCAGUGCUGCGAGUGAACGACAGCAAGGCAGAGGCGCUAUUCUCAGGGAAGCUUCACCUCACUCUCAGCUUCCCCAUUCAGAAGCGACCUGACUCCGCACAGGCGUCAAUUGGUGCAGGCAGAACCACAUCACCUGCUGCUGCCACCGGCAUCACCCCCACCGGCAAAGCCGCAGGCAGCAGGGGCAAGAGGCAAGCCAGAACCAGGAAAGGCGCAACCGCUGCUGCUGCCAAUGGGUCUACAGCUGGCAGCAUGGGAGGAGGGAGUGGCGUGGAGGCAGAUUCAUGGGCUGAUGAGAUUGAUAAUGGUGAUGAUGGUUCUGGUGAUGUGAGAUGGUCCGGUGGUGCUGGUAAGAGGGGGUUCUCUUCUGGCGUUGGUGGGGGAGUUGAGCAAACGGAAGGAGCACAAGGAGCAGGGGGAACAGCAGGAGCAGGGAAGGGGUUUCAGCUGAUGGCUGCUGCGGCGGCUGCUGCUGUGGACUCGGCUGCGCCCUUUUCGCCACCCAAACAGGCGGCUGAUGUGGUGCUGUCAGGGGCGGUGUACAAGGCACUGCACGCGUUGAGGCAGACCCUGGUGCAGGAGUCGGGCAAGAACCUCGCACCCUACCACAUCUUCGGCAACGCGCAGCUGGUGCUAAUCAGUCAGCGCCUGCCCCGCACUCUCGACGCGUUGCAGGAGAUUCCCGGCAUUGGCAGAGUGAAGGUCAACAAGUACGGUGCCCGUGUGCUGGAAACUAUUGAGAGGCUCAUUGAAGAGCACAACAAGGGGGAUGCCGGAGACAUCAGCAACGACCGUAACAGCAAACCUCCUGAGUUAUCUUCUGACCAACCAACUGAUACACGGAAUGCACCUGUCAACUCCACUGCGGCUUUUCCAACCCCUGCUAAUGUGAAUUCUGCUCCAAAGGCGUCGGAAAACCCACAGUUUUUCUCCUCUGACUUGGCUACACUGAAAAGGAGCCUUUGGAGUGAAGGUUCUGGCAAUCCGGUGCCCCCUGGUACUGAUGGUGAGGGGAAAAUGGCUGCUAGCAUUGGUGCUGCUGACGGGGGGUAUGCAGGAGGGCAUGUUAAAGUUGGUUUGUUGGGACGAAGCGCAAAGAGGGCUCGAGCGAGUGACGAAAGCGGAGGGGAUUGUAUCGAGGUGGUUAAUGUGGAGGAUGUUGGUGGGGUUGGGGAGGAAUGGCGAAGUGGAAGGGAGGUGUUUGGGGAUGGUGGUGGGGGAAGUGGAGGGAGGGCCAAGGGUGUUGUUAGUAAUGGGGUUGCAGUGAAUGGGGCGACGAUUGAGAUUGAUGACAAGGCAGGAUCAGAUUCAUUGUUUUCCGACCUCUCCGUCUUUUACGGCGGAGAAUCUGGGCCGGCUCUAACGGCCGCAGAUACGCUCCUCCGGCAGAAAACAGCACUAUCAGAUCGCGUUAGAGUGUCGAGUCGCGAGGAGUUUCACGAACGGCUGAUGCUCGAGCCGCUGCCAGAUGGCCGCGUGUUGGCGCACUUCGCGUUCGAAAGCCGGCUGCGGGCAUCGCGAGGAGCGGGAGGAACGGGAGAGUUGGAAGAAGGUGGAAAGUCCGCGGACACGGUUCUGUUCCCCCCGGCCAUCCUGCACCUUGUGCAAUCGUUAAGUGUGCGCCAUUUCUCACUCUCUCUCACACACGGCAACUGGGACGUGCAGCAAUGGGGUACCCCCUCCUCCUCCUCCUCCUCCUCCUCCUCCUCCUCCUCUCCCCCCUCUCAACCCUCCUCCCCUCUCCCCCCUCCCCCGCCUCUCUCACACCAAGAGUACGACGUGAGGCCGCCAGGGGCACAGCUGGUCGCAUGGAUGGGGGGAGAAGGGGGGACAGAGCUGGAUGCCACGUGGCACAACCUCACCGACGCCCUGGCAGGGCUGUUCUGUGCCUCGCUCAACUUCCUGCAGUCCCCCUGCUCCGUCGUCUCCCCCGCUCUUCACUUCCACACCCCAUUCCCUCUCCCCGCAAACCACACCCACUCACCAUCCCAACCCCUAUCCUCCUCCUCCGCCUCCUCCUCGCCACCGCCAAACCAGCCGCCGGGCUUGCACGUGAGGUACGGCAGCAUGGCUCGGGAGCCGGUGUGCACGGAGAACCUGACGCCGUGGCUGAAGCUGCUGCCGUGCCGCGACGCGGCAGGCCUCUCGUCUCUCAUGGACCGCGGGGCCGUGUUUGGCGGCCGCUACCACUCCAUGCACACUGCCGUGUGGACUGACGUGUGCGAUGAGGGUAGUGUGGUCGAGGAGGGGAGUGUGGGAGAGGGAGGGAGUGUGUGUGGUGUUGCUGAGAAAUCCUCUUCCUCAUCCUCUUCAUCCUCCUCCGCGACUUCCCCCUACAUCUCCCCCGCCACGCCUGCAUGUGCCGGUGUGACAUGGGCAGUGGUGCUGCACCAGUCGCUCACAGUCGUGCUCGAUGCCUCCACUGAGAACGCCCUUGCCGCCGCUGCAGCUGCAGCUGCCACCAAACCCGUCCCCUCUGCUCCUUCCAAUUCAGCACGUGCAGCGGCAAAAGAGGGGCUUGAUUUGAGUGAUGUGCUUCCGUUGCCGCCCGAUUGGAGUGUGGGUGCGCUGUUUGGGCGGCAGCUGACGUCAGUGUGUCCCCUUGCCACGAGCAAUGCAGUGUUUGGGCUGGAGGGGAAAUGGAGGGUGAGAUUUCAGCAGAGAGGUGGUGCUGUGUCGUCAGGGGGGUCGAGUGCAGAAGACAUGGGGGGAAUGGGGGGCGUGCAGCAAGUGGAAGCAGUGCUGCUGCAUCGUGACUUGCGCCGCCAUCAAGUUCACGGCUCUAUCUCUGCCUCUACCGCUACUGCUGCUGCUGCUGGCAAUGGUGUUGACUCAGCGUUGCAUGUGGGUGACGUGGCAGCGGUCAGCUCGGCAGGCAUUCACUGGAAGCGGCGUGUGGCAUGGCAGCGGCGGCCGGCGUUGUUCGUCCUUUCCCGGUUCACCACAGGCACAGGAGACGCCCUGGGGGGGCUGACGUUCCUCAUACAGGGAGCAGGGGGAGCAGGGGGUGCUGCACGAGAAUGUGGUACUAAAAUAAAUAAUGAUUCUUCCAACACAGGGAGCCAAAGUAGGGAGUGUGGAAGCGACACAGGGAGCGACACAGUGAGUGUGUUCCAGGCGGUGCCGUGGUGGCUGAAGCUGUACCUGCACACGCUCUCUCUCUCCUUCGACCACCACCCUGUCAGCCUGAGGGACAGCAGUGCGGUUGUAGCGGCGCGGCUACAGCCGACGAGGGAGAGAGGCGCGCCUGCUGUGCUGGAGCUGCUGCUUCGCGUGCCCAGAGGAGUCUCUCGCGUUACAAUCACAGUGCAGUACCGAAAGGCCUUUCUGACGGUCUUUGAAACGCCGCCUGAUGCCAGCAGGGGAGUCGACCUUCCCGCUGCCCUCCUCACCGUGCCCUCGGACCCCCAGGGUCCGAGCCACAUGUAUGCGCCACCGGUGGUGGUGCCAGUGCCGCUGCCCGACCUGAGCAUGCCUUACAACGUCAUCACACUCACCUGCACUCUGCUCGCCAUUGUGCUCGGGUCGCUCUUCAACACUCUGCGAUACCGCCCCUCUGCUGCUUCUGUCAUCACUCUCACCUGCACUCUGCUCACCAUCGUUCUCGGGUCGCUCUUCAAAUCCUUGCGCUACCGCCCCUCUGCUGCUGCUGGUGAGUUGCCCUGCUGCCUCUCUUUCCUCAGCACCCUCAAGGCUUGGCCCCUGUGCUGCUGGUGA